AUGUUUAAAAAGCCAUUAGCGAGCAUUAAGCCCUAUUCUCCUUUACGAAGUUCCGAUCGUCGCAAAUUCCGGGAAGAAUUGAUUAGGCGUUAUCCAACACUUGAAAAUGGGGAGAGUGAAGAGAACAAAAGCAUAGUCCCGGAGCAUGUAGAAAAGGCCAACGUAAAAACCCAUAAUGGUUACACCGGAGUGCUCUAUGUCGAUGAAUCUAAACAUCCUUUGUGGAUCAGAUUGGACAAAGACAAGAAUGAAUUUUUGGUUCCUAGCGUCUACACAUUGUGGCGCAACCCCAGUAUCCUCCCAAAGAUACCCACGUUUCCGGCCGUAAUCUCAAAGUUGGAAAAUGGCGCAAAUCUGAUGAUUCCAGGUAUUGCUUUUCCAACAGAAAGCUUGCCCGAUGUUAAAGAAGGUGAACUUGUGUCUAUUAUUAUCAGAGAUUACAAUGCACCUUUAGCUGUGGGUAUCAUGGAUGUUCCUACUAACUCUCUUGAACGAGGGUCGACGCGUAAAGGAGUUGCCGUCAGCAUAAUUCACAUUUACAAAGAUCAAUUGUGGAGCAUGGGUGAUAAAUCAUCGCCGCCUGAUAUGGAGGAGGGAGUUAAAAUCGAUUCUAUUGUUGAGAAACAAAUAAAGGAUGAGGAACAUGAACAGGAUGAGGGGCAAGAACGGGAACAGAGAUCCGCUACCGAAGUAGAUACUGAUUUUAUCAUCUCCAACGAAGAAGAAGAAGCAGCGAUCGAGCAAACAGCUAGAUAUACCACAGCAGAGGUCGAUGAUUUGUUGCAGGCGUCCCUUUAUCAGGCUCUCACAGAAAAAUUAACAUCAUCGGUGUUGCCCAUUACAAGUUCGCAACUUUAUUCGGAGUACAUACUUCCAUCACGACCCAUCGGGACCGAAAAGGACGUAGACGUCAAAAAGUCAAGCUACAAACAGGCAAUGGAGAAGAAGGGUGUCAUCAAAUUAAAAAGUCAACGGGGUGAAACAUUUUUAAUAAGAGUAGACCGGGAUAAUGAGGAACUCAAAAAUUUUCGAUCUCAUAAAACUGUCGAGAAAGCGGCUAAACCUCACGCUUUAGAUGAAGAAAAUAAACUAUCGAACUCAAAUAACACCGCAAGUGAAAUUCAGAUUGCAGAAGUUUACAAGCCGAAGGGUGCUGUUGCGGAGCUUUUCGAGAUUCAAGGGAAAAGUAAGGAAGGGAUCUACGAUUUUCGAGAAAUACGACAAACGGUUCUGGGCUAUGUAAACUCUCGGGACCUUGCAGACAAACGCAAUCGGAGAUAUAUUACUCUCGAUGAAAAUCUACGCGAAGUCCUCGCCGACAAGAAAUUUGAGGAUCCUUUACCUGAUAAAAUGACGCAGGAUGAUUUAUUCCAACAUAUAAGAGAACGAAUGGAAGAAUACCAUUCAGUCACUUUUCCGGGGAACGAUCCUGAAUUGAGGAAGGGAUCACCGAAGCAUCUACAGAUUUUGGAGGCGACUCGUUCGGGCAAUAAGAUGGUCACAAUUAUUCGGGGUUUAGAGGAUUACGGUAUUAAUCCCGAUGAUUUGGUUGAACCUCUCAAGAAGUUGUGUGCAAGUAGCGUGACCGUUAGCACGACGCCUCAAUCAUCACCGAAGAAACCCCUAUAUGAGGUCACGAUUCAGGGACCUCAGACUACAUCUGUUAAAGAGUAUUUAAUCAACACAAAGGGUAUUCCUAAAAAAUAUAUCACAGCAACACCAGCGAAAAAAGGUAAAGGUAAUAAAGGUGGUAAAUAA